AUGUCAUUAUCUGGAAAAGUCUUUAAAUUAAGUAAUGGUCUUACCAUUCCUGCUGUAAGUUAUGGUACUGGUACCAAAUGGUUUAAGUUUGGUCAAAAUGAAAUUGAUACUACUUUAGUUGAUACUUUAGUUAAAGCUAUUGAUUUAGGUUUCACUCAUAUUGAUGGUGCUGAAAUUUAUAAUACUGAUCUUGAAAUUGGUGAAGCCAUUAAAAAAUCAGGAAUUAAAAGAGAAGAUCUUUAUGUUACUGAUAAAUAUUUUGCUGGUGAUUCAACUUUUACUAAGGGUAAACAUUCUAAAGAAGCUAAUCCAUAUGAAGCCUUAAAGGCAUCAUUAAAGAGAUUCAAAUUAGAUUAUGUUGAUUUAUAUUUGUUACAUACUCCAUACAUUUCUAAAGAAUCUCAUGGUUUUGAUUUAGUCGAAGCUUGGAAAUAUCUUGAACAAUUGGUUGAUGAAGGUUUAACUAAAAGUAUUGGGGUUUCAAAUUUUUCAAUUUCUGAUAUUGAAACUAUUUUAAAAUCAAAUCCAAAACAUAACCCAGUUGUUAAUCAAAUUGAAUAUUCUGCUUAUUUACAAAAUCAAACUCCAAAUAUUGUUAAGUUUGCUAAAGAAAAUGGUAUUUUAAUUGAAGCUUAUGGUCCAUUAGGUCCAAUCACUAAAGGUAAAGGUGGUCCAUUAGAUCCAAUUAUUGAAUCAUUAUCUAAGAAAUAUGGUAAAACCGAUGGUCAAAUUUUAUUAAGAUGGGUUUUAGAAACUGGUGUUUUACCAAUUACAACUUCAGGUAAAGAAGAAAGAAUUAAAUCAUUCUUAGAAAUUUUUGAUUUUGAAUUAACUCCAGAAGAAGUUAAGGAAAUCUCUGAUGCUGGUUCAAAGAAAGUUGUUAGACAAUUCUCUAAAGAAUAUUCUAAAUAUGAUUAA